AUGUGUUGGAUGGCCGCCAUUUUUUACCUGCCACGGCUGUUUGUAUACCAUGCCUCUGCCGAAGACGCGGUGGGGCGCGAGCGUUUUAAUGUGAUGGAGCGCAAACUUUACCGCGGCAUAGCCACGCCCUCAAUGGUUGCCUCGGUACUAUUUGGUGGGUUGCUGGUAUUCACCAAUCCCGAUUACCUGAAACAAGGCUGGUUUCACAUCAAGAUGGCGAUGGUGGCUUUGUUGUUCAUCUAUCACGGUUUUUGCUACUACUACCUGAAACAGUUUCAAAAAGAACGUUGUCGGCGCAGCCCUGUUUUCUUCCGCUGGUUUAACGAAGCUCCCGUACUCCUGCUAAUCGGCAUUGUGAUUAUGGCGGUGGUACGGCCUUAG